AUGUGUGCCAUCAAACACCUUUAUGCCCGGCUUUUUGGUGCCUUUGCCGCACUAGGCGCAUGUCUCUACGGCUAUGAUGGUGUAUACUUUACUGGUGUAUCUGCUAUGGAUGCCUUCAUCGAACACUUUGGUGAAAUGCAGUCCGAUGGGUCGUAUGCCAUUGCAGCAUCAAGUCUUUCUCUCAUGACCUCCGUCAUCAACAUCGGAGAAUUGGUGGGCUCUCUGAGUGCAGCGCCACUCAAUGACGUUGUUGGUCGCAAAGGAGUGUUUUUUGUUGCAUCAAUAAUGGUCGUGGUGGGUGUGAUCUUACAAUUGGCAACAGAUCACAAACAUUCUAUGAUUAUCGGAGGCCGGAUCUUGCUGGGAUAUGGUGUAGGGAACUUCUCAGCAACAUCCCCUCUAUACAUUGGAGAAAUUGCCCCUACUCGAAUCCGUGGCCCGUUACUCAUGUGCUGGCAGCUGGUUUUGUCGGUCUCCCAGAUUGUUGCCGCUGCCAUCAACCGCGGUACACAAGGAAUAGAUAGCACAGUGGCCUACCGUGUUCCGAUGGGCGUACAGCUGAUCUUCCCAUUGAUCGUUCUUACUUUCCUCUGGUGGAUACCAGAGUCUCCACGCUGGUUGCUACGUAAAAAUAAAGUCGAAGCAGCCAGAAAUUCGUUGCAGAGCGUCAAUCGCGAUGAUAAAACUUACGUUGCAGAUGAUGACCUGGCUAAUUUACAGCGGGAUGUAUAUAAUGAAAAACAACUUGCAGAAGACUCAUCCUGGUUGGACUUGAUUCUGGAUCCCAUUGAGCGACGCAAGACCAUUUAUUCCGCAGGAGCACUCAUCGCACAACAAGUGAAUGGCAUUCAGUGGUUUUACUACUUUGGCACAGUCUUCUCCAAAGCCAUUGGACUCUCCGAUCCUUUUCUAAUGACGCUAAUCGUGUUCAUUAUCCAAGUUGUUGUCGUAUUGUGCGCCGUGUUCUGCGCCAACAAACUACCUAGACGCCCUCUCCUGCUCAUCACCACGGGCAUUAUGGGUGUUUCUAUCUUCAUAGUAGGAUGCUUGGGGAUUCCAGGCGGAGAAGUAUCUCACACAUUUGGUAAGGUGAUCAUCAGCUUCGUUAUCAUCGAAAUCACAGCAUUCAAUUUCGCCUGGGGCCCUUUGGGCUGGACAAUCGCCUCCGAAAUGGCCGUUGGCCGCAAUAGAAACAAGAUCUACGCCGUUGCCGUAGCGCGCUUUUGGGUAACCGUCUGGGCAAUCGUCUUCACUCUCCCUUACCUAUACUACUCUGCCAACCUCGGCCCUAAGACCGGCUUCGUAUACACUGGCCUUUGCGUGAUCACCUUUGUGUAUGUUUACUUCUGCGUCGGCGAGGUCACGAGCCGCUCUAUGGAGGAGAUCAACUGGUUCUUUAUCAAUGGGAUCCCGGCGCGGAAGUGGCGAGAUCAGCCUUUUCCUGUCAUUGGGGCACCGUCCGAGGGGAGCCUAGAGGCGAACGAGAAGAAUGGCGUGAAAGUGGGUGUCGAGGGUCCAUGA